AUGGCCGCCGCUUCCCAGCUUCACGCCAACCUCGCCGCCUCCGUGCCCCUCACUCCCUCUUUCCAGCCCAACACCCCCGACCCAGAGAAAGCGCCUCAACCUUCGGGGAACAAUGUACGCGACCACGCUUCCAUCAUGGCAGACAUUCCCGAGCUCGACUACACCCAGCCCCUGUCUGCUCUGCUCAAGCUUGGCACCCAGCGUGCCCACGUGAAGGCCGAGCAUUCCGUUGGUGCUGCUGCCCUCGUCCAAGGUACUCUGGGGCUGGAAGAGUAUAUCCGGUGGCUCGCUGCUCUUUGGCGGGUCUAUGACGUUCUCGAGCUGAGCUUGCAACUCAAUUCAUCAAACCCCGUCCUCGCACCUACAUAUGACCCGACAUUACUUGCCCGAGCUCCCGCUCUCGCGGCAGACAUCAAUUACCUUCUCACCCUCCUCCCGCCCGACACGACCUCAGUGUCUUUGCCCGCCUCCUCGCAGUCUACUGUUGCCACGCCCCUGCCGCCCUUUCCCCUCCCCUCCUUUCUCCAAAGUCUCUUUGACGACGCCCCGAGCCCACUUUCUGCCUAUGUAGACCACCUCCGGACUCUUUCUGAAUCACCAAUCACUGCCCCAGGCCUGCUCGCGCAUGCUUAUGUCAGAUAUCUUGGUGAUCUAUCUGGUGGUCAAUUCAUUGGCGCCAGAGUCAAAAGGUCAUAUGGGCUCAAGGGUGAUGAAGGAACGUCAUUUUACCAGUUUGAUUUCCAGAAGGAAGGGGCCGCUGGAGGUGAUGAGAGCAGGGCGGAGUUGAAGAAGCAAUUGGGAGAAAUCAAAGAUUGGUAUCGACGGGGCAUGGAUGAGGCUGUGGGUGAAGACCAGAAGUUGAAAGCCGACCUCGUUGAAGAAGCCAACUUGGCCUUUGCCCUCAACACAGAUCUCUUUUCUAUCAUCCGUGUCCCCUCUUCAGGAGACAAGGCUGGUUCCAAGAUCGCUGUGGCCGAACAGCCGAAAGCUGGUGUCAAGGACUUCAUCACGCAGUCAAUGUGGUUUGUUGCUGCUGCUGCUGUUGGCAUGCUCCUGAAUAUCUAUGUCGGGCCCAUCGUACAAGAUUGGCGAAAAGGAGAAUAA